AGAGACAAGGAGGCAGAGAAAGAAAGAAAGAAAGAAAGAAAGAAAGAAAGAAAGAAAGGAAAAGAAAGAAAGAAAGAAAGAAAAACAAGAAAGAAACAUCCCAAUUUUUCAGGGACAAAAGCCAGCUUGUAAUACAAGAGAUGAAGCUGCCUUUCGCCGGCCCGCUGUGCAUCGUUAUCUGUGCAGCAAGCUUCACCGAGGCAGCUGCAUUGAAGAAGGGUUCCUCAACCAAGGACAGACACAUGCAGUUCGCCUCCUGGGACGAGGUGAACCUGAUCGCCCACGGCCUCCUGCAGCUCGGCCACGGCCUCAAGCAGCAUGUGGACCGGACCAAGGAGCAGCUCCGCCAGGUCAUGGAGCAGCUGCACUCCCACAACCGCAGCCUGAGUGAGCUGGCCGGCCGCCUGGCUGAGCAGCGCUCCGGGUUGGAGCCGCCGAAUCUCUCCGGGCCUCACCUGCUGCAGGUCUCCGCCAGCCUGCGGGCCAAGGUGGAGGAGAUGGAGCAGGACAGGCUGAGGGUGGAUAGGGCGCUGCGGAACUUGGAGGAGAAGGUGGACAGCCUAGUGAACAGGGACAGAACUGGAAGCAGCAUUAACGGUAUCCGAUCCAUGAUGGAAACUCAAAGCAGAAACAUAAAUGAACUGCUGACAAAAAUUGAAGAUCAACAGUUGCAGCUGGAAAAGCAGAAAGUUCAAAUCCAGAUUCUGCAAAACCAGCUGCCAGAAAACAAAUUACAACUUAAAGACAGUCCGCACUGGAGGUCAAUUCUCAAACGAAGAAUGGAGAUGGUUCCUCACACACAUAGCAGUGUGGAACCAAAGCCAGCUGACAAACUGCCAGCUGAUUGUCACCAAUUAUACUUGGAAGGACAGCGAACCGCCAAUGUGUACAAAAUCCAGCCAAUAGGCUCAAAGCCCUUUGAAGCAUUCUGUCAAAUGACAGAAGAAGGUGGCUGGACUGUGACCCAGAGACGGAGGGAUGGUUCAGUGGACUUUGACCGCCUCUGGCAAGCAUACAAGGAUGGAUUUGGCAACCUUACUGGUGAAUUCUGGUUGGGUCUGGAGAAACUUUAUACCAUUGUGCGUCAGGGUGGCUAUCUGUUGCGUAUCGAACUGGAGGACUGGGAGAAUCACACUGAGUACACUGAAUAUCCAUUCAGCCUGGGGAGCGAGGCUACUGACUACACCAUGACCCUCAAGAGCCCUGUUUCCGGAAACCUCAAGAAUGCCAUCAGUGAGUCGAGUGGACUGGGCUUUUCAACUCGGGACCAGGACCACGACCUGAAGUUCAACAUGAGCUGCGCAAAACACCUAACAGGAGGAUGGUGGUUCACUACGUGUGGGCAGGCCAACCUGAAUGGCAAGUAUUUCACCAGCAAGCCCCGACAGCGACACGAGAGGAAACGGGGAAUAUUCUGGAAGCCCUGGAAAGGCAGAAAUUACCCUCUGAAAACCACGACGAUGAUGAUUCGCCCUAUGGAACUAGAGGCAUAAAUGACAACAACUCAGAUUCUGGCAGAGACUGUGUGCGGGUGAGAGAGUGAUGGAGUGAGACAGAGAAUUAGAAUACAGAAAAGCAGUCACUGUUUACAUCUGGGAUGAGAAUACAAUGCAAUAUUUUAAAGGAAAAAUGGAUGCACUGACUAAAGCCUCCAAACAUGUAUAAUUUUUAUCUGUUUAUGCAACAAAACAAUGCAGCAAGUAUCCCAGAAUUAACAGCUGAGCUAUGCAAGCAUAUCCAAAGCCCACAAGCCACUUAAAGCAGCUAUUAGUUUUACUUGAGUGUUUUUUUUUCAAUUUUAAGUUAAUAAAAUGUAAAUGCAGCUAACUUCUGUAAAAGAAAGUUUGUCAGAUUUCCCAAUACGCAACUUCACCCUUUGUUCACUGAUCAUUCAGCGAUUUACUUAUAUCCUCACUUCAGCUGCAGUAGGAGUAAUCUGUACUUCAGAAAACUGUGUACACAUCACUGCCACUGGGCAUACAGUGAGCUGACACUAGUGUCAGAAUACUAGAGAAUUACUAUGUCUCUGAACAUGAACAAAUCUCUUACCAAUAUAAAAUGCACCAUGCUAUCACUGAAGGGCCAGGUCAAGACUGUCAGAAGCAAAGCAACAGUACACCGUAACUUCUCAAAUGUCAGUGGCUAUGAAAGGAACCUUUUUUAAUAUACUUCUAUAACAUUGCUCUGCAUUUUCUCUGAAAUGAAGUCAAACAGAUGUAUUGUUUCUGGUGGAACCUAUACAGUGAAUGCAGGUGCAGUCUAGGCACUGGCAUAAACCCAGAGUGACAGGCCUGGAUUCAGGUGCCUACAGCAUCACUUUCUGAGUGUGCUGGUUACUGUUUCGACCAGUUUCUCUGUUACACUUGUAGCUCGAUUCCUACUUAAAGGAAUGUGUCCAAGUCAUAUUGACUUUAUCACCAUGGCUAUGAAUAGCUUCAGAAUUGAAACUAUUAAUUGUUUCUUUUGUUUGCCUUUAUGUAUUUAAACAUUUAAUAUUCCAAACCUGCCUUUUGUAAUUUAUAAAAAUGGCUCAGCCUCUCCCAGAGGGGAAUGAGUCACCCUCUAUCGUCUGCUGUACAUAACCUUUAAAGCCUGUUAUUUUAAUAUCAAAUGAUUUCUUUAAUCAUAUUUUGUCUUAAAAAAAAAGCUAUCCUUUGGUUUAAA